AUGAGUCGUUGUAAGUGACUGAGGCUCCGUUUUCUGUUAUAGUCUCUCUUCGCUAUAGUACAGUAGCUGAAUAGGCAGCCGUGACUCCCAACGAGCACAAGGGCUUCCCAUCCAUAACUAAGCUUUGCUUCUAACGGACAAGCAUUAAAAUAGAUAAAAUGCCGCUUGCCCGUGACCUGAUGUAUCCAGCGUAUGAGGCUGAGAGGCGACGACACAAGAAGAAAAGGCUCGUGCAAUCUCCUAACUCUUACUUCAUGGAUGUCAAGUGCCCAGGCUGCUACAGGAUCACCACCGUGUUCAGCCACGCCCAGGGAGUGGUGCCCUGUCCUGGAUGCUCCUAUGUGCUCUGCCAGCCCAGGGGGGGGAAAUGCCGCCUUACAGAAGGCUGUUCAUUUAGACGGAAGCUGCACUGAAUGUCUCAGAACAUGUGGAGUGAAGACACAUCUCCAGUGGGGGCGCUGUCUUACAUAGGGCCUCAGUCUUAUAUGACCAAGCAGAGUAUAAGGGGACAGAAUGGAGGAGGACUGAUAUUCAGUUGAAUGACGAUGAUGAUCACAAUGGUGGUGAUGAUGAUGAUUAUGAAUAGAGGUCACAUGGGGUGUUUCUCAGUACAAAUAAUGCAAAGAACGUACUUGUGGUCUUGCCAAAAACAGUCUUAUUAACUUGCCUGGCAAGAAUGGACUUGUGGGGUCCAAUAAAUUGUGGAACUGUUCUCGUUUGGGGAGGAUGUAUCCUUGGUAUUUGUGAUGGGGUAAAAAUGACAUCGGAGUAUUUGUACUAUCCUCUAUAUUUCUGUUCUCAUUAUUGGAACUGGACUUUGGCAGUGGAAGACAACGUAAAACGGCUGCACAAGAACACAAGUACCAUCAAGUACACGUAUUGAGGAACGCCCUUGGACCGGUAGUAGAGCAUAUUUGCAGAUUUUGAGGGCAUGUGUAAUUCUUCUGCAGCGCAGGGCUUCUCCUCAAAGAAUCUUAACUGAUCCGGCAAAUUGUUUUCUAGCACAUAGCAUUUAGAUAUCAGCAUUUAGAAAGUAAGGAAGCUAUACUCCCAUUGCCAGUAUAUUUUCCAUAGAAAUAUUGAGAUUUUGAAAUAUGUAGAUUUUAAGUUUUUUGCACAUUUCAUAUUUUUAAUUCUAAGCAUAUGGAAAUAACCACUGUUAAAGGUGAUUAAGGUGUAUUCUCAACUUACUAUUCUAAAUCUAUGUCUGUUUCACCCUCAAUCAGUAGCUUCUUAGAGAAUAUCUACAGAUGUCACAGUACCUUACAGUUAUAAUGAAAAACAAAUGCAAUGUGAGAUAAUUGCGGUCAUAAUUAAAGAAAAGUCUAUGUU